UCGUUUGAAUUUUCAAAUAUAACAAUUUCCUAACCUAUUAACUUGAUCGAAAAGUCAAAAAAUUCUUUAUAUGCAUGUAAUUCAUACGGAAUAUAAUGAAAUGAAUGUAUUACAAAUGAAAUUUUCAAUUUAUCUUCAUAAUUUCUGAUAAUUCAUUAAUAGAAUGUCUUUGUCGCCUCACCAAAUAUUUGGACGACUUCACGAACUGAAGAAAUGGCAAGAAACUCAUGAAAAAUUAUUGCAACGUUCAGGUAACGAUGAAGACUUCCAAGAAACAUCAGUACAUAAUCAUUCUAGUCAUCACAAUUCAAUUAAUGUACAUACUAAAUACUUGGAAAGAAAUGAACAAUUGCCCUUAGAUUCAUAUGAGAAUCCGGAAGAAGAAUUUAUCAAUGUUCCUUUGGAUAAAGACUUUGAAGAACUGCUUGAGGAAAAAUUGAAUGAAUUCAAUGAGUAUAAUGUACCAACAAAUAAUUCUUCUGUUCCUAAAAAACCAUUUCUAAAAAAAGGAACAGGUUUAAUGAAAUAUAAUUUGAAGCCAGAAGAAUAUAAAAAACUUAUUGGCAAUAAGUAUUCAAAUACUAUAAUACCUCCAAAAAGUCGGCCUAAGUCUGUUGAAUCUAAAAAGAAAACAGUACAAUUUCAAACAGAGAGACCUAGAACUGCAGGAAAUGUUUCAAAUAUUAAUUUGAAUUCUAGAAGAACUCAAAACACUCUUAAACCAACUAGAACAAUCAAUAAUUCAUCUCAAAGGCCUAGAACUUCCAGUAGCAUCUUCUCAAGAAACAGUACUCAAAAUAGGGAUAAAAGUUCAAAGACAACUGUGGAAAACACUAAUAGAUCACAGAGAGCUUCAAACCAUAGCAAGAUAAAUAGAAAUGGGGAUUUUUCUGAAAAAUAUCCAGAGUUAGUUGAAAAUAGUGUUAAAUUCCAUCCUGAAGAACCAAAAUUUUGUAAUAAGAAACAUAAUGCAAUUGAUCCCCAAGGACUGAAACUAUCCAACAAAGAAACUAGAAAUGAGAAAUUGGAAGUUCAAAAAAAAUGUUCCCAGAAAUCACCUGAUCUCACAGACUAUGUUACAAAUAAGCCAGAUGAACAUACACCAUUGAGUAUUCCAAAGAUCCAAAUAAAGCCUAGAGGUAAUUGGUGUGAUAUUACUACAAAUAACUUUCAAAAUGAAGUAUGGAAAAACGCUAAUGACAUUUUGCAGCAAAAUGACAAGAUUUUAUUGAAUGAUAGAUACACUUCGCAAUGUGCACAAGUUUUGGUACAGUCCCAUUGGAGAAAUGGAUUUGUGCAACAAGUGAAAGAAAUUGAAAGCACAAUGCCUGAUGUGGAAAUGGUUAGGAAUCCCCAAGAGAGAAGGGAUCCCCCUGCUCGUAAAAGCUUAUCUUAUACUCCCAACGAAAAUAGUUUGCAUGAAAGAGCUUUAGAAACUGAACUCAGGAUAUUUGAAGCUUUAGAGAGAAGAACUGAACAGAGUGGAUUUUGCUCCACCAAUACCAGCAUAAUUCAGUUGUUAGCUAGUACUCCAAGCAAAUUCAAUUUUGAGAAUAAUGAGAUUGAUGGAGAGCAUGUUCUGAAUAAAAUCACUAACAAGGGUGAUAGGGUUGAUAAACUGCCUGUUCAAAACUCUGAAAAUUUUCAUGUUGAAACUUCUAGUGAUUUGAAUAAUCAGUUGAUGCCAAAGUAUGAAAAUUUUAAUUGGCAUCCAGAACACAAUACUCAUAUUGAUGCAGUUCAACUUGAAGAAUCUGAGGAAAAUUUUGAGACUGAAGAAGAAAUUGAGGAAAUUUUUGAAGAUGGAACACCCAAAAAAGACACAUACACUGAUAAAAAUAUGGACAAUCACUUGAGACACACAAAUGGUAGUUUGACUAACUCAAACAAUAUAUUGAUGCCGUCAUCAAAUUAUUCAAGUACUAGUAGUGACAUAUCUGAAGAUUAUUCGGUAAACAAAUCAAGAGCUUACAGAUCUUCAAAGUCUAUAAAAAGGAAUCACAAAAACUUGGACUCUUCAGAGAGCUGUGCCAGCUGUGGCUUCCUAAUAAAAAAUAAAAUUGAGGAAUGCCAAAGCGAGCUGGAUAGUUUGAAAGUGGAGAAGGAUAAGAUCCUGGCUAUUAGGGAGCAAAUGGAUAAAGAUAAAAGAGAGUUUGAAAAAGAGAUGAAGCUCAGACGGAUGCAGUUUGAAGAGCAGAAAUUAAGAUAUCAGCUUGAAAUAGAGGAGGAGAAGAAAAAGAUGGUAGAGAAACCAGCAUCGGAUAAACCUAUUAAGGAUAUCAAAACUAAGGCUCAGCAUAGAAGAGACAAAGAAGAAUUGAAUAAUCUUAGAAUGGAAUUGAGUGAAACAAAAGAAUUGAUGAAACUCAGGGACACUAAAAAUGCAAUGUGUAUAGCUAGGUUGAGAAAUCAGGUCAAAAUGCUGGAGAAAAAUAAUUCAGAACUCAAAGCAGAAAAUGAAAAACUUAUUAAAGAAAAGUCCAAACUGAUAGCUCAACAGAAAAAUUCAAGCAAAACUACUGAGAAAAAAAUGUUGAAAGAGAUUAGUAAAAACAUAAGUAAACUCACAGAAGAGACUUUCAAAAACCAGGUUUUCAAAUUAGAUACCAGUUCUGAGGAUAAUUUGAAGAAGAUUGACAGAGGAAAUUCUCAAAUAAAUACAAGGAAGCCUUUGAGCAAUUCUCAAGGUAUUUUAAAAAAUAUGAUGAAACCACAAGAUGAAGGUCCCAUUGAGAAUUAUGAUGAAAAGCAAAUUUCUCAGAACAUAGCAGAAAAUAAUAUAGAAGAGAAGUAUAAAAGUUUAUUUUGUGGAAAUGAAGUCAUUAUUGAAGAGAACAGAAAAAAUACUAGUUUUGGAAAUUCCACAAGAUCUGUUGGGUUGGAAAAAACUGAGAAAAUUCUCGAAGAUGGAACUAAAGAAAUAAAAUAUUCAAAUGGGAAUGUUAAGAGGAUAUCUGAGAAUGGUACUGUAAGGUAUUAUUAUGCAAGUAAUGACACAUGGCAUACAAAUUUUCCUGAUGGUACCGAAGUUAUAGAGUUUUCAAAUGGGCAGUCGGAGAAAAGGUUUAAAGACGGUAAAUGCAUUAUAUUCUUCCCAGACGGUUUGAUUCAGACCAUUUUUACCAAUGGCACAGAAGAAGUUAAGUAUCCAGAUGGUUCGAAGCUACUAACGAAAAAAGAUGGUGAUCGGAUGUUAUUCUUGGCUAAUGGACAAGUUGAAAUACACACUAAGGAUCAGAAGAGACGUGAAUAUCCUGAUGGUACAGUUAAAAUUUUAUAUCCAGAUGGUUCACAAGAAACAAGAUACUCUAAUGGAAGAAUUAGGAUGAAAAAUAGCGAAGGUGAUAUUAUAUUGGAUACGGGAGAAACCAUUGAAUGAAAUGAAUUUGAAUCAAAUAAUUUAUUGAAUUGUAAGAAAAUUGUAAAAAAGUAUAUAAUUAUUAUUUAGGAAAUUGUCAAGACUUUGUAUAUUUCUAAAGUAUUUUAAUAAUAAAAAAACAUAAUAAUAAAUUGUUAUUAUGUAAUAACAUUUCAGUAUUAUUGAAU